ACUGGCAGUGCAACUGCACCUCACUGGAUACCUUAACCACCACGACGGAUCUUGAGACCGUGUCAGUCGCCUGUUAUUGGACUCCUCACCACACACAGCAAACCUUGUCUGCAACCCUUCUGAAUUUCGCGAUGGCCUGACUCAUCAAGCGUGAGGACAGAACGCGUCGUCAGAUUCCAGAAUACGGAUCGCGUCUCAUCCAGGACGCCCCUGGGCGAGAGCGGGCCCACCACCCAGUACUGUCCAUACACACGCCAGGCAGAAUGCGCGGCUCGACGGGGUCAGCAAUAACGUUAUGGCAUAUCUCGCGCAGUUGGGAGCGCUAGCUGACGAGCUCGUCGCCGCCCUCACUUCCAUCCCGGAGGCCCAGCGCGAGAGGCGAGAUGCCUACCGCGAGUUUGUGUUGCGCAGUCUGCGUCACCACACCUUCACGCGCACGAACCAGUUUGAGGUGCAGGACCGCCUCGACGGACUGGAGGAGCGCUUCUGCGUUGUCGGCCGAGAUGCCCUCGCACGCGCCUUGCGCAUCCGACUGGAUGCCCUAGAGUCGCACCGCAGCCAGACCACGCCCGAGGUGCUGCACUUGCUCCUUGAGCUCGCCGACCAGCCCGCGCAAAAGUCAAAUCUUAGCGACUUGGAUGCACUGGUCGAGCCUGAAGAGGACGCCCCACCCCCAUUGACCUGGCGGGACAUUGCCAGAGAGGACGGCUGGAAGCAGGAAAGAGACAUCUGGCGCUUUGUCGACUACUCGCUUGGCUCCAGCGAUGAGGACGAAGUCGACGUCCUCUCGGAGGCGUCUCUCGAAUCGCUGACCACUACGUCCUCGGCAGAAGGCAAAAGUCAGCCCACUGUCGAAGCCUUGGCCUCCAUCGAGCCGCUGGGAGGAGAGGUGUUGAAGCAAGUCCAAGCGGCCCAGGCGUGGCGACAUGAUUCCGCCGCCGCUGCAGAUGGAAGGCCCAAGAGGAUACCCAUUUCGACCACUCAGCUGCUUCGCGAAGUUUUGUUCAUGCUUGCCGAUCUUGAGACCAACCUCUUCGACGCCGGGUGCAAUCCAAUGCCGAAGUAUCAGCUCCGCGGAGUCUCCCUGGACUCCUACAAGGCCCUGCUAACCUCGUUCGCCGAGUGCGGCCGCAAGCUUGCCCCGUUGCGCGCAUUCGCCAAGCAGAGGGAGAAGAUACCUCUUCUCCAAGUCUUCCAAGACUGUGUGCAAAAGGCCUUGCACUCGCUCGACCUGGAGCUGUCCCAGAUCCAGGCCCGUAUGAUCGCCAACAAGGACGACGUCGUCAUUAGCCUCACGGGCGUGCUUGAGGAGCUGGGCCCAACUCUGACGCCGCUCUAUUCUCUGGCAGAUAUUGUGCGUCAACUCCAGGAGGAGCGGAACUCCCACGCCUUCCGGUGCCUUGAGCUACUGUACGACGCGGUUGGCAUGGCCCAGCUGCAAGGCAGUCGCUCUGUCUACCAGUUGCUUGGCACCAUCUUCUUCGACUGCUUCCAGGUAUAUCUGAAGCCCAUUCGGCUCUGGAUGGAAGAAGGGAAGCUUCUGCCGGGAGACAGGACCUUCUUCGUCUCGGAAUCGCCGACGAAACUGCCGCUCCCGCAGAUCUGGAAGAGCCAGUUCAAUCUGCUGCGCACUCCAGAGGGCAGCCUCCACGCCCCUCGCUUUCUCAAGCCUGCAAUCCACCGCAUUUUCACCGCUGGGAAGAGCAUUGUUGUGCUGAAGCACAUGAAACAGCACGAGUCAACCAGGAAAUACCGACCUGGUGCCGAGCCAAAAAUGGACUUCGCGACGGUGUGCCCGGAUGAGGCAGAGUUGGCACCCUUUAGCGAGCUCUUCAGCGCCGCGUUCCAUGCGUGGAUCCGGAGUAAGCAUCACUCUGCGGCAGCGAUGCUCCGCGAGCUGCUCUUCCGCUCGUACGGUCUGUCCGAAGACCUAGACGCCUUGCAGCGCAUCUACCUCAUGUCGGACGGAGCGAGAUUCGACACCUUUGCCUCGUCCGUCUUCCGACACCUGGACAGCUAUAGCAGCAGCUGGAAAGACCGCUUCACCUUAACCGAGAUCGCUCAAGAGGCCUUCUCGGGCUGUAUCGACGGCGACCGGCUCUCCGCCGAGGUCGAACCGCGCGGCCUCGCGCAUAGCGGGCUGGCGUCUCGAAGCUCAGUCCGGCUCAGCCUCCCGGCCAUCCGGCUGCGCUACCGCCUCAGCUGGCCGGUGCAGAUCGUGGUUCCCGACGACGGGAUCCAGGGCUACCAAACCAUCUUCACGUUUCUGCUGCAAGCGCGCCGCGCCAUCUCGGUCCUCCAGCACCCCAUCCUCACGCCCCAGCCCGCCGGCCCCGCCGACAGGGCCAGCUACCCGUACUACCUGCUGCGCAGCAAGCUGCUCUGGUUCGGCAACACGGUCACGACCUACCUCGCCACGCUCGUGCUGGCGCCCAACGCGGCGCGGCUGCGCGCGGACCUGCGCGAGGCCGCCGACGUCGACGACAUGGUGGCCGCGCACGCGGCGUUCGUCGCGCGCCUCGUCGCCGAGUCGUGCCAGGGCGCCAAGCUGCAGCCCAUCCGCGAUUGCAUCCUCGACGUCUUCGACCUGGCCAUCAGGCUGGAAGACGCGCAGCGGGCGGAGACGGCGAGGCGGGAGGAGGAGGACGCGGAGAUCUCGCGGCUGUCGGUCAUGUCCUCGCCUUACAGGUCGCCUGCGCCGGGGAGGGACAGGGCGAAGAGGAGGCGGGUGGAGAGUGAGGACGAUGAGGGGGAGGAGGAGGAUGGGGCGGCGCAGGUGGUCGGGGAGUGGAUGGUCAAGAGGCAUGGAGUAAAGGAUUCGAAGAAGCCGUAUGCGCUUGUCCUGAGGGAGUUACACGGGGAUUUUGAGCGGCAUUUGCGGUUCAUUGCUAGCGGGUUAAGGGGCGUGGCUAGAGCGAGCAGAGAGGAGGCCGCUGCGAAGUGGGAUCUUCUGGCCGAGAUGCUGGAGGUCGGGAUCAAGGACUAGACAGUGCUAAGUUUUUUAGCCCCAGUUGUUAGGACCUUUGCUGGUGUGCUGUCUGUCUACCUUGAUCAUCCCUCCCAUGUGUCUUCACAUAGCGACCGCCGUCGACAGUCAUAGAACCCUAACCCUAACCCAACACUGUAUUCGGAGGGGGUGGCGGUGACAGUGGAUCCAGUCCUC